AGUUCAGCAGCUGUUUUUACCGGGGCUCGUCGCUACGUCACGCAGCGUCUCCGCGCCGAUUGGCUCGCUCUUGUGUAACUGUGCAACGGUAUAAAACUCUUGCACUUUGGUGGAGUUGGUAGUAGGUUUUCUCCCGCACGUUUGGGGGGAGGGGGGUUCUCUUCGCUGGUUCCCGGAACACUCGUUCUGCACAUCUACGGAGGAGAUGCAGAGCUGCGCCAAAUCCUGGGGGCUCUUCUUGGCCAGGUCGGUGAGUCCGAGCGCGCCCUGCAGCCAUCUGAGCCACAAGAGCGGCGUGGUUUGGAAACUUCAGUGCAGGAUCCGACCCGGGAGAUCAACAGCAGCCCGGGCUCUCAGGACGUCCGCGUCCGCCUCAUCCAGGCGCAUCGAGAGGAUUUUACCCAGACACGAUGAUUUUGCAGAAAGGCACAUCGGUCCAGGUGAGCGGGAGAAGAGAGAGAUGCUGGAUGUUCUGGGGCUUGAGUCAAUCGACCAGCUGAUAGAAAGCACAGUGCCAGCCUCCAUCAGCCUUCAGCGGAGUUUGAAGAUGGAUGAUCCCAUUUGUGAGAAUGAAGUUCUGGAGGCGCUGCAGAAGAUUGCAUCCAAAAACAAAGUUUGGAGGUCUUACAUCGGGAUGGGUUACUACAGCUGCUCCGUCCCACCACCCAUCCAGAGGAAUCUCCUGGAGAAUGCUGGCUGGGUGACCCAGUACACGCCCUACCAGCCGGAGGUCUCUCAGGGUCGCCUGGAGUCUCUCCUCAACUAUCAGACCCUGAUCUGUGACAUCACCGGCAUGCCCGUGUCCAACGCCUCCCUGCUCGAUGAAGGGACCGCUGCAGCCGAGGCCAUGCAGCUCUGCCACAGGCAAAACAAAAGACGGACCUUCUACAUCGACCCGCGUUGCCACCCUCAGACCAUAGCUGUGGUGCAGACCCGAGCCAACUACAUCGGCGUGAACACUGUGCUGAAGCUGCCUCAUGAGAUGGACUUCAGCGGGAAGGAUGUGAGCGGCAUUCUCUUCCAGUAUCCGGACACCGAUGGCAGAGUGGAGGACUUCACCGCCCUCGUGGACCGGGCUCAUAAGGGAGGGGCCAUGGCCUGUUGUGCCACUGACCUGCUCGCUCUCUGCGUGCUGCGACCUCCUGGAGAGUUCGGUGUCGAUGUCGCGCUGGGCAGCUCCCAGAGGUUUGGCGUUCCCCUCUGCUACGGCGGUCCUCAUGCCGCCUUCUUUGCAGUCAAAGACAGCCUGGUCAGAAUGAUGCCUGGCAGAAUGGUUGGAGUCACCAGAGAUGCAGCCGGUAAGGAAGUGUACCGUCUUGCUCUGCAGACCAGAGAGCAACACAUUCGGAGAGACAAGGCAACCAGCAACAUUUGCACUGCACAGGCUCUGCUAGCCAACAUGGCUGCUAUGUAUGCACUCUAUCAUGGCCCUCAGGGACUUAAGCACAUCGCUGAAAGAACACACAACGCUGCACUAAUCCUCUCUGAAGGUCUGAAGAGAGCGGGACACCGGCUGCAUAGCGACAUGUUCUUCGACACGCUGAAGGUAAGCUGUAGCGUCGCAGCUAAAGACAUUCUGGAGAGAGCCACGCAGCGGCAGAUAAACCUGCGAGUCUUCUCUGAGGGGGUGCUGGGCGUCUCGCUGGAUGAGACGGUGACUGAGAGGGACUUGGACGACCUGCUCUGGGUCUUCGGCUGUGAAUCUUCAGCUGAGCUGAUAGCAGAAAAGAUGGGCGAGCGUGUGAAGGGGAUCAUGGGAAGUCCUUUCAAGAGGACGAGCAAAUUCCUGACUCACCAGGUCUUCAACAGCUACCACUCUGAGACCAACAUCGUUCGUUACAUGAAGCGUCUGGAGAACAAGGACAUUUCUCUGGUGCACAGCAUGAUUCCUCUGGGCUCUUGCACCAUGAAGCUCAACAGCUCCUCCGAGCUCAUGCCCAUCACCUGGAGGGAGUUCGCCAACAUCCACCCCUUCGUGCCCCUGGAGCAGGCAGAGGGCUACCAGACACUUUUUAGGCAGCUGGAGAAGGAUCUCUGUGAGGUGACGGGCUACGACAAGAUCUCUUUUCAGCCAAACAGUGGGGCUCAGGGAGAAUACGCCGGCCUGGCUGCCAUAAAGGCUUACUUGAACUCAAAGGGCGAGCGCUCCAGAAGUGUCUGUCUGAUCCCCAAAUCUGCCCACGGCACCAAUCCAGCCAGCGCUCAGAUGGCGGGCAUGAAGGUUCAGGUUGUGGAGGUGGACAAAGAUGGCAACAUCGACCUGGCGCACCUCAAGGCCCAGGUAGACAAACACAACGCGAGCCUGGCAGCCAUAAUGAUCACCUAUCCUUCAACGUUUGGCGUCUUUGAGGAGAACAUCAGGGACGUGUGUGACCUCAUUCAUAACAACGGCGGUCAGGUUUACCUGGACGGUGCCAACAUGAAUGCUCAGGUGGGCUUGUGUCGUCCUGGAGAUUACGGUUCUGAUGUGUCUCACCUGAAUCUGCACAAAACCUUCUGCAUCCCUCACGGUGGAGGAGGACCUGGCAUGGGCCCAAUCGGAGUGAAGGCCCAUCUGGCUCCCUUCCUGCCGAGCCACCCGGUGGUCCCCAUGCGGUCGGUGAACAGCAGCAGCUCCCUGGGAACCAUCAGCGCCGCUCCGUGGGGCUCCAGCGCCAUCCUGCCAAUCUCGUGGGCUUAUAUCAAGAUGAUGGGCUCCAAGGGGCUUACUCAUGCUACACAAGUGGCCAUCCUCAACGCCAACUACAUGGCCAAGAGGCUGGAAGGUCACUAUAAAAUCCUCUUCAAAGGCCGGAAAGGUUUUUGUGCUCACGAGUUUAUUCUGGAUGUGAGGCCGUUCAAGAAAACGGCCAACAUCGAGGCUGUGGACGUGGCCAAGCGGCUGCAAGAUUACGGUUUUCAUGCGCCCACCAUGUCCUGGCCGGUGGCUGGUACGCUCAUGAUUGAGCCCACGGAGUCGGAGGACAAGGCUGAGAUGGACCGCUUCUGCGACGCCCUGCUCGGCAUCCGUCAGGAGAUCGCAGACAUCGAGGAGGGAAGGAUGGACUCUCGUAUUAACCCGCUCAAGAUGGCUCCUCACUCUCUGGCAUGCAUUUCAUCCUCGAACUGGGACAGACCUUACUCCCGAGAGCACGCGGCGUUCCCGUUGCCCUUCAUAAGGCCUGAGACUAAGUUCUGGCCGACCAUCUCGAGGAUUGAUGACAUCUACGGCGACCAGAACCUGGUGUGCACCUGCCCACCCAUGGAGGUGUACGAGUCCCCGUAUGAGGAGAAGCGAGCCUCCUCGUAGACCGUGUUUACAGCGUCGUCCCAAUGUCCCGCCUGCACUCAGAGCACUAAAACAUCAGGCGUUCUUCAGUGUAGAUGUCACAUGAGCUGGAACCUUUCUAAAAGGAGUUGUAAACUCGCUCGGUGUUUAACUCCUCCACGCAGACGGCUUCGCCUGCCUGCCAGGUGGACAUUGGGACUGGGCUCUGUGGGGCUCCACCAGGGUUGGGGCAGGUCUCACACCCAACUUGAACUAUUGAAACGGACCAAAUGGUGCAGUUGUUUGCUUUCCCUAUUCUGCGCCCACCACAAGCUUCAUGAUAAACUUUUAAAACGCUGUUGAAUUGUGAUCCCCCCCUUUUUUUGAGCGGUCUUUACUUCCUUUUCCACCCAGGUUCUGGACAGUGGUAGUUUCUGUAGAUUUUGUUGAUAUGAUCGGUUAUUUGAAGCCGUUUGUGAACGGGUUAGUCGUAAAUUUAAAGAAUCGUUUUCUAAUCUAGUUUUUCUAAAUCUGAUAAAAACGUCUGCAUUAAACAUGUUUGUCUUCAA